CAGAGAAACUUCUCACUCCAAAUAGGAAGAAAGUGAGAAGCAUCUUGCCAGGGAGAGGGAUGCUUCUUUAGAUGCUCGUAGCCAUAGAAUUCGUUUCGGAGCAUUCCUUUAAAUACCCUUUAUCACUCCAUCUUCUACUCAAAACACUCAACUCUUCCUCUUAAACAGAUUUCAACUGAUUCUCAAAUGGCUGCAGCAACUCAACUAGCAUCUGCCUUGGACCUCAUCAAACAACAUUUGCUCGGCGAUCUCCUUUCACCUGUUGCUUCAUCUUCUACCGCUACCUCUUCUCUAACCACCAUCCAUCUCCCGAGUUCUCACUGUGAGUCUGAAUGCUCCCAGACUUCCACUUCUGAUUCUGCCAUCUCAAUUUCUGAUUACUUUAUUGAUGAUGGUUUUUUCGAAUUCGAAGCUAAACCUCAAAUUAUCGAUCUCACUACCCCAAAUUCUAGUGAUUCAACCACUAGUUUUAAAUUUGAUUCUAAAUCUCAACUUGUCUCUCAAUUAAGUAACGACUUCGUCAAAUUCGAAUCCAAUCUUCAAAUCCCUCAGAAUUUUGGAAUUGAAUCCACUAACGAUUUCUUUGAUUUUGAAUCAAAGCCUCAAACUCAUCCUCUAGAUUCAAGCUUUCGAACAAGUCGAAAGUCGUCCUUGAAGAUUUCACUCCCUAACAAAAACGAGAGGAUUCCAUUCGCUAGACCGACUCAGAAACCAGUGAAUAGCAACUUAGGAGUUGCUGCUGUUGAAGAGAAAAAGCAUUACAGAGGAGUCCGACAGAGGCCGUGGGGCAAAUAUGCAGCAGAGAUCCGAGACCCGAACCAGAAAGGCACCCGUUUGUGGCUCGGAACUUUCGACACAGCUAUUGAAGCCGCCAAAGCCUAUGAUCGAGCUGCAUUCAAGCUGCGCGGCUCCAAAGCCAUACUCAACUUCCCUCUGGAAGCUGGGAAGUUGAAUACACGCGCAGACGAGGGAAAUGAUAUUGAUACACGAACAAAUGAGGGAAACGAACGGAAACGAACAAGAGAAACUAGGACUGUAGAGAGAGAAGCUAAGAAACUGACGAAAAGAGAAGAACCCGAGAGGGAUGUUGCGUUGACGCCGUCAAGCUGGACGGCGAAUUGGUAUAGUGGCGAUUUGAAUUGGAAAGGGGUUUUAAAUGCGGUACCGUUAUCUCCGCAUCCGCAGUUAGGAUGUCCACAGCUUAUGGUCAUAUGAGAACAGAGCUUCCAGCAAAUUAGAAUGAGUUUUCGGACAAGCGUAUAUAGUGACGUCCUGUUGAAUUGCUCUUGUACGUUACAGCUAGAAUUGCUCAUACGCAACAAAACUCCUCUGCAUGUUUGGCAUUCCCCUCCACGGGAGGUGCCAUCUUUCUUGUUUAUCAACUCUACUUUUUGGAAUUGGAAUUCUCUUUAGUAGAAGAUAGUGAUAGUUCUUGUGGCUUGUAGGUUUUUGACAUUUGAAAAAGAAAAUAGAAUUAAUUGCUGAA